GCGGUGGCGGAUCUGGGAGCAGCGCCGGGAGUUCCUGCUUCCUGCUCCCGGAGCGAGAGUCCUCGGUAGCAGCCUGGGGGAAGGAACAGCCCUUCCUGCUCGCGUCCGCGUCCUUCCAGGAGCGCAGCGAGGCGCGCCCCACCCCGGCGGAGGGGACGGUUUUCAGCUGGAAGUGGUGGAGAGUGGAAGACAGCUAGGACUCAACGCCACCCGGGAGUGUGUGGAGCUGGAUGAGAGCGGGAAAUUGGCAGACCAGAGUCUAGGCGGGUGGACGCGACGGGAGGCGCCGAAGGAUCCGCGUGGGGUCCCGGGGUGUCUCGGCCGUGCCCGGUCCCGUGGCCGCCCGCAGUCCCCCGGGCUCCGCCCCGCCGCGCUGCCCGGCCCCUCUUCGGCCAGGUCUCCUCCCCGAUGUGCGGGUGGCAGCGCCACUCCCUCCGCUCCCUUCCCAGCCGCGCGCGUCUCAUUCCAGCGCCCAUUCCGUGCAUUCCUGCCGGGCUCCUCUGCAAACUCCAGCCCCGGAGGUGGGGACCGCCGCAGCUCCGCGCUCCGGCCCCUGCAGCCGUCGCUGCUGCUGGAAGACUUGGCGCCCCGUGCGGACCUGCUGCAACCAGCCGAGCGCUCCUACCCUGCCUCCCGCACCCUGGGACCGGUCCAACGGGCGCUCCUCCAAGCCGAGCCUUGGAGGGCAAGGCCGGCAUCAUUACCUCCAACGAGUGGAGCUCUCCGGACUCCCCCGAGGGGAGCAGCAUCUCUGGGGGCAGCCAGGCACUGGACAAGCCCAUCGACAAUGAUGCAGAGGGUGUGUGGAGUCCCGAUAUUGAGCAAAGCUUCCAGGAGGCAUUGGCCAUUUACCCACCCUGCGGCCGCCGCAAAAUCAUCCUGUCGGACGAAGGCAAGAUGUACGGUCGGAAUGAGCUGAUUGCACGCUACAUCAAGCUCCGCACAGGGAAGACCCGCACCAGGAAGCAGGUCUCCAGCCACAUCCAGGUGCUUGCCCGCCGAAAAGCCCGGGAGAUCCAGGCCAAACUCAAGGACCAGGCAGCUAAGAACAAGGCCCUGCAGAGCAUGGCUGCCAUGUCGUCCGCACAGAUCGUCUCCGCCACAGCCUUCCACAAUAAAAUGGCUCUUGCCCGGGGCCCUGGCUACCCAGCAAUCUCAGGGUUUUGGCAAGGAGCUUUGCCAGGCCAACCUGGAACAUCCCACGAUGUGAAACCUUUCUCUCAAAACGCUUAUACUGUCCAGCCUCCGCUGCCUCUGCCAGGCUUUGAGUCUCCUGCAGGACCCACCCCGUCGCCCUCAGCACUGCCAGCUUCCCCAUGGCAAGGCCGCAGUGUGGCCAGUUCCAAGCUCUGGAUGUUGGAGUUCUCUGCUUUCCUGGAGCGCCAGCAAGAUCCUGACACAUACAGCAAGCACCUGUUUGUGCACAUCAGCCAGUCGAGCCCAAGCUACAGUGACCCCUACCUCGAAGCCGUGGACAUCCGCCAGAUCUAUGACAAAUUCCCAGAGAAGAAGGGGGGCCUCAAGGAGCUAUUUGAACGGGGGCCCUCGAACGCCUUCUUCCUUGUGAAGUUCUGGGCAGACCUCAAUACUAACAUCGACGAUGAGGGCAGCGCCUUCUAUGGGGUGUCCAGCCAGUACGAGAGCCUGGACAACAUGAUCAUUACUUGUUCUACUAAGGUCUGCUCCUUCGGCAAGCAAGUGGUGGAGAAAGUUGAGACAGAGUAUGCUCGCUAUGAGAACGGCCACUAUCUGUACCGCAUCCACCGGUCCCCGCUCUGUGAGUACAUGAUCAACUUCAUCCACAAGCUGAAGCACUUACCCGAGAAGUACAUGAUGAAUAGUGUGUUGGAGAACUUUACCAUCCUGCAGGUGGUCACCAAUCGAGACACGCAAGAGACCUUGUUAUGUAUUGCCUAUGUCUUCGAAGUGUCGGCCAGCGAACACGGGGCUCAGCACCACAUCUACCGGCUCGUGAAAGAAUGACAGACUUGCAGAAUGAUGGUGGGGGGACAAAUCCAGGAAACGGGGACCUGGGAGGGAACCUUCAGGGAGAGUCCCCGGAAGUGCCAAGAGAGCUGAGCGAAGGAACCAACUGCCUGAUCUUGCAGUGCCCAACCCCCAAUAAACCCGAGGUGUCAAGUGUUUUCAGAGGAGCUGGUCUGACUGUGUGAGCCCAGAAGGGCAAGGGAGAAGGGGGCACCAGGAGGCAAGCUGGAAGCAAGCCCAGAGAUGCCCCAUGGUCCUGGAGCCAGAACCCCAGUGGACUCAGCCAGACACCAAAGCUCAAGACCCAGUGGCCCCUCCUCAGCUGCUGGAACCCUACACUCUGCUGCUGGUCACACUCGUGGCCUAAGGACAGAUGGCACGUGGGUCACACACCCAGAGAACGCAAUGCGUGACCGCGUGUACUGUCAGCCGCAUGGCUGCCCGAGGAUAGCUAUAGCAGAAGGCCCCACCCCUGCUAACAGGGCUGGGUUUAGGUUUGGCUGGAGACUGGGUAAGAUUUACUCAGGUGGCCCCCGCAAUGGCCUUGCAGGGGUCAGUGGUUCUAGGCUUAGGCAAGGCUUGGAGGUAGGGAGUCCCGCUUCAGGGCCAUCGUUUCCAGCUGCUUGACCCUGUCAGGCUCCUCAGCUUCUCUCUAAGUCCCUUUUCCUCUCUGCUCAGCACUGGUGAGGAGGAGCUGCUGGGUCGGGGUGGCACACGUGGUAGGGGGAUCUGAGAUUUAGGAAAGCUAGGGCUAUGAAAAGAAACCCCGUCUCCAAAACAAAACAACCCCCCCCCAAAAAAAAAAAAAAAACAGAGUAACAGGACACAGUGCCAGUUAAAUGAUCUGACUCUCAGCCCCUUGCUUCCCUCCCUCUGGAGAGCCUGGGUCUGGCUCUCUGCUGCCCUCUCCUGGCUUUCUGGUGUCCGCUUCCCUAGUUGGAGCCAGUUUCUAGUAACCGGGAGCCUCAGGAAGAAAGAUCCAACCUGGACAUGUUUGUGUGUGCCCAGAACUCAGGGAUGUAUCUAUGGGGAUGCAAAAAUGGGCAGGGCAGCAUUGAGGGGAUGCUACAGCGGUGAGGAGCAAGGGAUCUGAAAUCAGUCUAGCGUGACCUUGAUGUGCAACCCGUGGUGUGUCAAUGUCAUGGUGCCUCAGUUUCCCCAUCUGUAAAAUGGGUAUAACAUUCACCUACCUCGUGUAUGAUCAGUGCCUCAUGAAGUGCUGAGCACAUCCACAUAUGCAAUAAAUAUACAUUGGUACUAACCAUGGGAGCUGCCGCUCCUGCUGAGGAGCUGGAUGGGGGAGCUAUACACUGGAGUGGGGUGAUCCUACAGCAACUGCCCUUCAGAUAGGAGGGAGCCAGGGGUCUCAGGGAAGAGGUAGCCUUUGAGGGAACAAGUUCUGAUAUUUAUUGAUGUUAUUUCUGUUUAAUUUUGGUGCCGGGGCGGAAAACCUCAGGGCUUGGAAUGGGUGGAGUGACUGUGCCAGAAAUAUGCAAAUUAAGCAUAUGGGAGGAGUCUGGCUGCAUCUCAGAUGAGGAAGACAGACAAGCCACCCAGUCUUUCUGUGGCCCCCAAAUUCCCGUUUAACCCAUACCUCUCCACCAUGGUAGGAUGGUGGCUAGAUCUAGACCUGCUCCCUGCUGCACUGUGUAGAGAUCCUGCUGUCAGAGGGGGGUCAAGGGUCCUGGAAAGACUACUGCAUCCCUGGACCUAUGAUGAGGACUCCCCCCUCACAUGCAGGCCUGUGUUUGUACCCCCCCAUCUUACCCCCACCCCCACCCCCGUGUAUGUUGCCUGGCCAAGCUGCAGCAUUCUUGAAAAGUCCCAGACUCAGACAUUUCAUUGUGGACAGCCUCUAGGGACAUGAAGGACACACCAUCUUUUCCUCUGGGAAGCAGGUCAGUCCAGAUGUUGGGUCCCAGUGUGGAUCAUGAGUUUUUCCUGUGUGACCUGACCUCAGUGGCCUAAUGGAGAGUCACCAUAGAAGACAGUAGUCUCGGUUGUCUGUCACUUGAGCCGGGAUGGCUUUGACUAGGGCGCCCUCAUCCCCGUCGUACCAGUCUCGCUGAUGGUUCUGUACUGGUGCCAUUGUUUCUUUAUUUAGAUGAGCUCGCCCUCUCUGGUCUGGGCUACUACCUCCAGUAAUCCUCCUGCCUCAGCUUCCUGAGGAGCUGAAGUCCUAUUUUAAGGAUUAAGAAAGUGAGACCCCGAGAGCUUAAGGAAGUUGCUUGGGUUGUUGGUGUAUUUUCUGUUUGCUUUGUGAGUCGUUGUUUAAUUUCUGAGAUGUGGCAGGCUCUGGGAGUGUGUCCAUGAGCAAAACAGCCAGGGUGACUCUGAGCUGAUUGUGGACUAAGGAAGGGGUGACUGGACUCAAGUUAAAGAGACUUGUAGGCAAUGGGAAAUGCUGGGGUUGGGAGGGCACCAAGGUUAGCUUCAUAGGAGAGGCUGCCAAGGCCCAGAAUCUACACUGACUCUUGAGCCACAGUGGAUCCGAAGGAACAUUGGAGACAGGGAGGGGAUGGGUGUGCCCCAGGGGUAUGCCGAGUGACAGAACUGGGAUAUACCCCAGCCAGCACGCCAGGUAGAUGCCAGGUAGGUGGUGUCUCUUGUGUCGCCUGCACUCCGCGUGUGGAUGUACACUCUGGAGUUCUCACUGGGUGGGAGCAAGGCCUGGAGGUGUUAAGCAAGGGAGUGCAUUCCUUUGAUACUAUUUUUAGAGAACAGCCCUAGAGUCUUUGGAGUCUACAAAGGAGCAGGUGUGAUUGCUGCUCUUGAACCCACCCAGCAUGCUUCCCUGGGCAUUUGGGGGGUGAUCCCAUCCAGCAAUGCUUCCCUGGGCAUUUGGGGGGUGAUCCCAUCCAGCAUGCUUCCCUGGGCAUUUGGGGGUGAACCUACCCAGCAAUGCUUCCCUGGACAUUUUGGGGGUGAACCCACCCAGCAUUCUGCCCUGGGCAUUUGGGUGAACCCACUCAGCAUGCUGCCCUGGGCAUUUGGGGGUGAUCCCACCCAGCAAUGCUUCCCUGGGCAUUUUGGAGUGAACCCAUCCAGCAUGCUUCCCUGGGCAUUUUGGGGUGAACCCAUCCAGCAUGCUUCCCUGGGCAUUUGGGGGUGAUCCCAUCCAGCAUGCUUCCCUGGGCAUUUGGGGGUGAUCCCAUCCAACAUGCUUCCCUGGGCAUUUGGGGCUGGAAACCAUUAGUUUUCUAGGUCUGUUCUAUUUGGCAGCCGUGUGAGAGAACAGGGAGAGUAGACCAGAGAGGGUCACCCGUGUCACCAGGCCUGCGAGAUGAGGAAGGGUCUAGGAGCCAACUACGCUGGGAGUGAAAACCCUCCUGGCGUUACUUACUUAGCAGGAAAUGGCAGAAAUGGCAGUAGGUGGGAGGUUUUCUGCUUCACAGGGUCUGACACUAACAGCAGAUUGUAGCAGCAAAGUGUCAGAGAAUGAAAGGAAUGUGUCCUGACCAGAAAAACAAACGCAAGCACAAAGACAAAACAAAACCCAAAAAAACUAAAACAAAACAAAAACACCCCCCUCACACACACACAUACAAGGAACUAGUAUUUGUGUAUAUGAGUGUGCUCCAAACCCACAGGCGAAGGGCCAAGAUCUGGUCUUACAUCCUUGGUCUGUGGUGUACCCAUUCUUUCCCAGGCUGGGGGUUGAGUGCAGGAGGCCUGAGGGUAGGCGUGCAGGAGGGAGCUUUCUGAGACCUCGGCCAGCCAGGCACAGAAGCGGGAGAGAACUGUGUGUUUCCCUCGGGUUCCACCCAGCGGCUGCCUGUGUGCCACUCCUGCUGAAAACCUCUUCUUAGAGCUACAGUAGUAAGGGGGCAUUUUGGAUAAUUUAGAGGUUAGAAAGAAAAUUGCCUUUUCCUUCAAGAGUUGACUCUAGAUGGGAUGUAGCUAACUAAUAUGCCCAGUCAGGUGGCCAAGUGCACACCUUUGCUCCCCGCCCCAACAUACACUCAGGAAAAGACUGAGGCCAGCAUGAACGGUGGAACCCGAUCUCUGAAAUAAAAGUCCUUUGAGAAGUGUCUGGAACUUGGCUUUUGUAUAUAUAUCCAUGGGUAAGAAAGGACAGAUGGGCACGGGCCUUCCUAGCGAGCCAGAGCCCAAGCGGUGGAAAUGGUGGUUUUUUACACUCACAGAUGUCUGAUAUUCGAUUUUAAGGCUUUUGUAUUUUUUUCUAUGUAAACCCCCUUCAUCUCUUCAAAUCUUCAGUAAAGUCUGUUACA